GCCGCUCGGUGCCACGAUCGCGUAGCCUGGCCGGAAAAGUUCGUGUUUGCUUCGAAGUUUAAAAAAUAAAACGUUCGAAAAAGUUUUGAAUAUAAAAAGUUUUUAUUCCUUUUUUAUUGUAAAGUGGUUCAAAAAAAGUGUGGAGGAUCUAAUUAAUUUUGGCCACUCGAAGAUGUGACGGUCGAACGCCAUAUCGAUUCCAACACGAGUUGACUUCAAAUGACUUCAAACUGAUACAAAAAACCCAUCAACAUGGACGUGGUAUCGACACUUGCUCCUUUAUUCACUGACGACGAUAUCAACAUAACAACACCUAGUAACACCACGGUACCACACAGACAUGAUGCUAGAAUGUUCAUGACGGUGAUAAAGGUGGUGUAUGCAAUCGGUAUAUUCGGGAAUGCGACAGCUAUCAUUGCUCUAAGAUGGGGCGAAAGGAGAGUGAGGAACAGAAAACAUCUGCUGUUGCUGACUUCGCUUGCUGCUAACGACUUGGUGGCUUUGAUGGGCAUGAUGUGCGCGAUGGUGGUAGCAGAGCACGUGCCCGGCGCUCGCAACACGCAGGUGUACUGUGCAGCGAGAGUGGUGCUGCGAGUGUUCGGCAUCGGCAGCGUCUGCAUCGCGGUCACGAUGGCGCUGGAGCGGUACUUGGCGCUUACCAGGCCCUUCCUCUACCAGAAGCAAGUAACGUACUUCGUGAUCCGCAUGGCUCUGCUGGUCUCCUGGUUCUGGGCAGCCGUGCUGACGUGUGCCCCGGUCUUCGGCCUGGGUCUCUACUACGACGAGAACACCCACACCUGCAUCCGCUACAGAGAAGCUGUGAACCCCGUGGACUUCACUUACGCAGCGUUCUAUGUUGCCUUUGGUACCCUACUCUGCUUGAUCCUGGUCUACUGCAACCUAGCAGUGAUCCAGGCUCUAUACUCCAUCACGGCGCCGCGAGCUGGAGACCAGCCCGUGGUCCGAAGAGUAUCCAGGAGUAGCUGUCGACAGAGGAGCCUCAACGCAAGCACUGGGAGCAAACCUAGCCUGCACCACAACGCGGCGACGGCUGAAGAAGUGGCUUUCAGCAGGCUGAUGGCUACUCUGUCUGUUCUGUUCAUGAUCUGCUGGCUUCCACAGAUGGUGACCUCAGCGCUGUACCUAGCGCUGGGCCCAGCGUCCUGGAAGAAGCUGACGACCCUGGCCAAGCUGUCUGACAUGCUAAUGCUGCUCAACUACGUCCUCAACCCGAUCCUGUACGUGUUGAUGCGUCAGCGCCGCACGAUAUACCACACGCUCGCGCACUGCUUCAAAGGAGUCCACGAGCUGACCACCCCACAAAACUCAUCUAAUGCCGCAUGCUUGUCAACAGAGCCACAAAACGUCCACCGAGUCGAUGACGUUGAAGAACUCGUGUUGCCCCCAGGAGACGCUCGUUGUUAGCGACAGUUCUGGAGCGGAGAUGAAGCCUCUCCGCACGCUUCCGUACCAGAACGCACCGCUCGUCAAAAUUGACGACUGACGAAGAUGUGAAAGAAGAUAACUGUACUUAAUAAUUAAGUUACGAUACCACCGUCCUUAACAAUCGUCUAUCACUUGACGACUUGAAAUAAAGAACGUACUGUGCAGUAGGUUGUACCUAGUUUUCACACCUGUAAUAGGUAUGUACUAUCGACCACGGUUCCAGCUACCCAUUCGAUGAGAGCGAGAGAAAAAACGGAAAUGGCGUAGCUGGAACUGUGGGCCACUGUACGUGCGUUUUCCAACGAAAAUGUGUAAUGGAUAACUGGGGGCCGAUUCUCGUGCAAUAAAUAUUAUUUAUUUGAAGUGGAAAAACCUUCAGACUUCAAAGGAGAAAAAUAAUGUAACCUAUUGUGGGUGGAGAUAUCUAAUUUGAAAGACGUGUUCAACCACCAUCGAGUUCCAUAACCACCGUGAAAUAAGUUCAUCGCCAAGUUGUGUGUCGGAAUCGAACUUAGGAUGUCUCAGGGCUCUAUGAUGAUUACAACAACAAUCACUAAACAUAGAAGUGUUUGGAGGUUUUCAUGUUUCACCAAUUGCAGUCACAUAGCAUUAGCAUGGCCGAAUUUGUAAAAUAAAUAACCUACAUUUUAUAAGUUGGACAUCUAGUCCAGUCACGGUUCUACCUUAUAAUAAUGUGUAAAGUUACCAUUUAGUGAAUCUCGAGAUAAGUUUAUAAGUAGGUAUAGUUAAGAAGUAGGUAAAAUUACGUUUAGGUAAAAUGUAUAUUUUGUAAUAAACGAGCUCUCUAUCACUUAAUAUU